AUGAAUCUACCACCACAUCCAUCGCUACUACCACCACCACAACCACCACAUCCAUCGCUACUACCACCACCACAUCCAUCGCUACUACCACCACCACCACAACCACCCCUUCCAACCCUAAACCACCUCGACACAACCCUCUCAUCCCUCACCAACCUCCUCACUUUCUCAAACCAAAUCCUCUCAACCACCCCCAAACCCCAAACCCUAACCUCAAAUCUCAUCCCCUGCCUUUUCAACCACAACCACCUCCUCCCACCAUCUUCCCUCUUCCUCCACCACCUCCGCUGCCCUUCCUCACCUCGCCCUCUUCCCGACCUCAGCCACCUCCUCACCUCCCUCUCUUACCCCAAAACCCUCCACAAUCCUCAAUCCAUUCACCUCUCUUCCUACUUCGAUUUCACUUCCAACUUCUUCUACAAAUAUUGCCCCGGCGUAGUUACCUUCUCCGAAGCAAACUCCGUCGCUAAAACCGCAACUUUCCAUCUCCCCGACUUUUUAUCCCGAGAAUGUUCAGACACCACCACCAACACUAAUCAUAACCCUCCCUCCAUUGUUCCCUCCGAAUUUAUCUACAUUUCCCGCGAAAUCGAAUCAUGGAACAAUUUUCCUACAACCUACUCUACCUCUGUUCAUCACGCAGUCUUAGAGUCAUAUAUUUUUGCUGUUUUCCUUGUGUUUCAAGUCAAUUCUAAGAGAAGCUUCUGUUUUCAAGAAUGCCUUAAUGUGGUUAGAAUCUCAGGGAAUGACGUUGCUGACUCUGUUGCUUGGAAGAAAGAAAGGAAUAUUACUGAUUGUAUUCAGGAGAGGAAGAUUUCAAUGCCACAAGUUGUUGCAGCAGUUGCAGCAUUGCACGAACGAGCGUUGCUUGAACGGAAAAUAAAGGGAUUCUGGUUUUCUCAUCCGUCAAAUAGCUAUCAGCUGAAAGCUGAGCAUUGUUAUUUAUAUGAUAAAGCUAAUGAAGAGCGGAACAAUCGCAUUGAUUAUAGACCUAUAAUUGAGUAUGAUUGGGUUCAUCGCCAGAGUUCAUAUAACCAGGGAACACAAAAAGAGAAGACGGUCGAGGAGUUACUAGCUGAAGAAAGGGAUUACAAACGUAGAAGAAUGUCUUAUCGUGGCAAGAAGAGAAAUCAAGCACCUUUACAGGUGAUGAGGGAUUUGAUAGGGGAGUACAUGGAGGAAAUAAAGCUGGCUGCAGGUGAUAAGAGCCCUGUCAGUGUUUCUGAAGACAGUCUGAUGCCUCCACCUAAACUGCCUUCUAGUCAUGCCAUUCCUAUGGAAUCCAAUAAUUCAAGAAAAGUUAGUGAUGACUCACCUGCAGUGACAAUCAGAAACCCAGGUUAUCAUGAGAAACAAUCUCACACAAUUUUUUCUGACAAAAGCAAAGCUGUACAUGAUGCUACUUCUAGAGAUUUCAAACAACGUAAACAAGGACAUCACAGGAGUCAUCAUAAUGGAGGAGAUCGUGCUUCAACAAGCCCUGAAAGACAGAGAAGUCGAAGUGGAUCGCACGAGCAUAGAGUUCAUCAUAAGAAACAAGAACUAUGA